AUGCUGAAAUCUCUUUCAAUUCUUCUUCUGAUGCUUCUGAGUAUUGCCACGUGUCGUUUUUUAACUGAAGAGGACGUCUGCAAAUCGGAGGAGAAAAGAUGGGCGGACUGUUUUGACGAGUGGUGGAAGAAUAAAACAACUCAAAAAGAUUUCGAUUUCUACGGAAACUUGAAGAAUACAAUGGGUUGUAUUGAAAGUGCUGGCCGACUAUCGGAAUUCCAGCAGUGCUUGACACCCGGAGCUCGGGCCAGGUAUCCAGUGGGCGUGGCUUACAAUGAAAAAGUGGUUGAAUGUAUUGGAGACCUUCUGGAACAUACUGAAUGCAGUGCUGAGGAUAAGAAAAAAAUAAUGAGCACGGCGUAUUCGAAUAGGGAUAACUUGGAGAUGGUGUCGAUUGUUAAGAAGGAUAAGGAGUAUGCGGAGAAUUUUGAUAAGGAUUUCGACGCGACUAAAUAUUUGUGA